AUGACCUCGACUGGCGCUCAAGAGACUGCACAGGUGCCCACAGGCGGUCAACGACGUGAAGGAGGAGGAGGGCGUGGGCGCGGGCGGGGUGCGCAUAAUGGUCCUGAAAGCAGUCAUGAAGGCGUAGGAUCGAGAGGCCGCGGACGAGGUGGCUCCCGUGGGCGCGGGCGUGGGCAUGGCCAUGGGCGUGGUGGACCUGCCCAAGAGAAGGGCAAAGCCCCUGCUGUGACGCCAGAAGAUAAUGGACUAGGCGGGCCAACGCUUGCUAAACCGACCCUUCAACAAUCGGAUCAUGAAGAUGACGAUGCCGAGGUCUGCUUUAUUUGCGCCUCGCCCGUUCAGCACACAGCCAUUGCUCCGUGCAAUCACCGGACAUGUCACAUUUGCUCUAUACGCAUGCGUGCCUUGUACAAGACAAAAGCCUGUGCGCAUUGUAGGACAGAGUCGGAUCACGUAAUCCUCACCGAUGAGGCCGACAAGAAGUACGACGACUUCUCAACCGCCGACUUCUUCAAAUCAGACGAUACACUAGGUAUACACUUUGAGAAUUCGGGUGUCUUCGAGGAUACGCGCUUAUUACUACAAUACAACUGCCCCGAUGGCGAAUGCGACGUCGCCUGUCUGGGCUGGCCGGACCUGCAUCGCCACACCAAGACAGCACAUAACAAGAUGAUGUGUGACCUUUGUACGCGAAACAAGAAAGUCUUCACCCACGAGCACGAGCUAUUCACACACCCAGAGCUACGGAAGCACCAGAAGUUUGGCGACGACAACCCCGGCGCGAUAGACCAGAGCGGCUUCAAGGGACAUCCUGAGUGUGGCUUUUGUCGAGAGCGUUUUUACGGAGACGAUGAGCUGUAUACGCACUGUAGGGACAAGCACGAACGUUGCCAUAUUUGCGAUCGUCGGGAAGGGGGGAGCAGGAAGCAGCAGUACUUUGUCAACUAUGAUUCUCUAGAGGUGCAUUUCCGGAAAGACCACUUCCUUUGCCCAGAUCGAGAGUGUUUGGAGAAGAAAUUUGUCGUGUUCGAUUCAGAGAUGGACCUCAAGGCACACCAGCUGGAAGUGCACCCCAACGGUUUGUCCAAGGAGGCAAUACGAGAUGCCCGAAGAGUGGACAUAUCUGGCUUUCAGAUUAGGGCGCCACACGAUCAAGGAGGCCGGGGCAACCGACGGACUGAGCAAAAUGAUCGAAGGCGCGAGGGCGGUAGAAGUGGUGGAAGGGGACGGGAUCCUAAUGCAGAUCCGUUACCUCCCUCUUCCGCACAACCUAUGAGCAGGGCUGAACUUGCCUAUCAGCGGCAGAUGGAAGCUCAGAACACUCACUCGGUGACUGGAAGAACUUUCGGGGGUCAGCUCUCUACUCCUACACCGGGCGAAGCCUUCGCCGCCAGGCCUCAACCAAGCGCCGCUCAGCCCGCUACUGUGACUGCCUCUCGCCCAGCACCAGCGGCUGCGAAUAUCACCAAUGGCAUGAACCAACUCAGCAUGAACACACAGCCAGUGAGCGCCGCUCCACAGACUCCUCAGGAUCAGGCUCGCCUUUUGCGUCACAAUGCCGUCACUGAGCGUGCCACAAACAUGGCUCGAGGUAGUGAAAUUAAGCUCCAGGAGUUCAGGGCUUCAAUAUCAGCGUAUCGUACCUCGACGAUGUCGGCCGCGCAGCUCAUUGAGGGCUUUUUCGCUUUGUUUGAUGCAAACUCAAAAGACAUGGGCAAGCUGAUUAAGGAAUUAGCAGACAUUUUUGAGUCAGCAGCCAAGCGAGAAGGUCUCUUGAAAGCAUGGAAUGAUUGGAAGGCUAUUAACGAAGACUACCCAUCCUUGCCAGGCACAGCAACAGAGCAGGCUUUGAACGGUGCUUCCACAGCUCGAGGUGGCUCGCGCGUUCUGAAGUUGAAGAGCUCAACAGCACAGUCGUCGCGUUCCACCGCCAACCAACAAGCAAGCUGGUCUUCUUCAUCGUCGAGCAAUCCGUUCCCGGCUCUACCAGCGCCGUCAGGUCGUGUUGGAGCCAAACCAGGCCAAACGCCAUGGGCCUCGUCUUCUUCCACUGCAACGAGUUCCCGUCCUUCGCCCAUGCCGUCCCGUGUUGCUUCGUCAACAAAUGGUCAUGUGAAUAGCAAGGCACCCGCGGCAGACGCCUUUCCCGCACUCCCUGCAGCAGCUAAACCCACCAGUACCAUCUUCAGUCCGGGGUACACUGGCAGUGGAUUACGGCGAGAUAACAGUGGGCGUAACACCCCAGUAGGAAACGCUUGGGCAUCUUCGUCCGGUGCGAAUAGUGGAACAACAACACCCGUGCUAGAAGAUGGCAGCGCAGCAGGAAAGAAGAAGGGCAACAAGGGCAAGAAGCAGACAAUCUUCCAGUGGGGUUAG